UGAAAUUGGUUGGAGUCUGGGCUAUAUGCUGAACGCCUCCAGGAUGAACAUCAAAAUGUACUGAGACAUGGCAGCUGGAUUGAAGCACAUUGUUGUGGGAAGCCUCAUCUGCGUUGCUCUCAUCUCUGGAAUUAUAGCCUUGAUCUUGAGCCUUGUAGAAAUCUAUGAUGUUCCUUCACCCAAAGGAAUGAAGUAUGGCAUUGUCUGUGACGCCGGAUCAACACACACGACCCUCUUUCUAUACCACUGGCCAGCGGAUAAGGAAAACGAAACUGGGAUCGUCAGCCAGCUGCACUCCUGUGAUGUUGAAGGGCCAGGGAUUUCCAGUUACGCCCAGGAUCCACCAAAGGCCGGAGAGUCACUGAGGCCCUGCCUGGACAACAUCUUGACCUUCAUCCCAAAAGAAAAACAGAAGGAGUCCAUUGUGUACCUGGGAGCUACUGCAGGCAUGCGGCUACUCAGAUUGCAGAGUGCUGCCCAAUCAGAUGAGGUUCUCAAGGAGGUGGCGAACACAAUCCGAUCGUAUCCAUUGAAUUUCCAAAAAGCCAAGAUCAUAACCGGAGAUGAGGAAGGGGCGUACGGCUGGAUAACCAUCAACUACAUUCUGCAGACGUUUCUGAAGUAUUCCUGGGAGGGUGAGUGGGUGCACCCAAAGGGAGCGACAAUUUCCGGAGCACUGGACCUCGGUGGGGCCUCAACUCAAAUCACUUUCAUCCCACGGGAAGCCAUCAGCAAUAAGAAUAUGGAAGCAAAAUUUAAACUCUACGGCUACAACUACACCACCUACACACACAGCUACCUGUGCCACGGGAAAAAGCAAUCCGAGAACAGAGUCCUCGCUGCGUUACUAAAGGGGAAGGACUUGGCAGCUCCCAUUGAGAUCCCCUGUUACCUCAAGGGAUACACGACCAACGCAACUCUGGAUUCCAUCUAUGACAGUCCAUGUACUUCAGACCAGAAACCCUCACCUUACAAAGGAACCCAAAGUGUAACUCUCAUUGGAACAGGGAAAUCAGCAGAAUGUCGCAAGGCUGUGAGAACGCUUUUCAACUUUACUGCAUGUGGUGGAAACCAGACAUGUGCGUUCAAUGGAGUUUAUCAGCCGCCAGUAAACGGGCACUUCAUUGCUUUCUCAGCAUUUUAUUACAUCUCCAAUUUCUUGAAACUGGCCUCAACAGGGGCUUCUCUGGAAACUAGUAUUUCAACGGUAGAAGCCUUUUGCAACAAAACGUGGGCACAGGCUGAGGCUGAGAACCCAAAAGAGCCCGAGUUCAGGCUGAAGGAUUACUGCACCGCUGGCUGGAUUCUACUGACUCUACUGGUGGACGGUUAUAAGUUUGACCACUCCACUUGGAACAACAUUGAUUUCCAAAGAAAGGCUGGCAACACUGAAAUCGGCUGGACCCUGGGCUACAUGCUGAACCUCACCAACAUGAUCCCAUCGGAAGUCGAGCCGCAGUUAAAGGGCCACAGCCAUAAAAUCUGGGCCGCAGCAAUUUUCUUCAUUGUGCUGACAAUUGCUGUCAUGCUCGUAGCAUUGGUGUCGCAGGUCCUGUGGCCUGCCAAAGACAUUUAGGUGUGUGGAUUA